AUGGCCUCUCCCAACGAUACCGCGGGCGUGCGUGAGGCUGACUACCAGCGCUUCAAGCACUACGCCGCGCUGACAUUCCUUGUGGCUUCCCCCGUGCUGAUCGCUCUCCCACCCCGCAAACUCGACCACCUCACCGUCCUCCUGGCCGGCGCAUUCUGCGCCUCCGCCAACCAAAUCACCCGCGAACGCACGGGGCGCAGCAUAGUCGAUCGCCUUGAAGCCCGCAUAUCCUCAUCUUCAUCCCCACAUCCUCGAGGGUCUCCCGGCAUAUUCAGCGAUCUGCCCAGCAAUCGCGCAGAGGAGAUCCAGGCGCGUCUGCGCGCGGCACGGGAUGUGCAGCUCCGCGAUGCUGGGCUUACCACGGAGGAAAUUGAGAAGCUGAAGGCGAGACAGCAGCAGGAUAAGGGGGUUGCGCAGCGGAUCUGGAUGGGAAAUGAGACGGAGGGGUGGAAAGAGCGCCGUUUGCGCGAAGAGCAGAAGGCGCUGGAUGAGGGGAAGGGCUAUGGAGAUUUAAUUAAGGAGCAUAUUUGGGAUGUGUGGACGUGGGGGAAAAAGGAUGAGUCGGAGGCGGAGAAUGGUGAGAAGAAGGAUUGA